AAUAUGUGAGGUAAGUUGUCUCGAUUUGCGGAAAAUGCUUAUAGAGUUGUCCAAACACCCCCUUCUAUAUUAUAAACCAGUAUGUUUUGCACCUCCCCUUUCAGUUCAACGACAUAUAAUGGAUGCCUGGAUUUUUUCUUCUACAUUAACCGAGAAAACAAACUUUUCUUCUUUAAGUUUUUAAUAAUUUGGCAGCAACUUUGCCCGGAUAUCUGGUUUUUGUUACUUUUAGUUGGUUGAACAGUUUCUCGUCUUGCUAGCCUGUGCUAAUGCUAAUUCUUGGAUGUGGAAGCGUGAAUGGCUUAAACAGAUUUGGUCGUUUAAUUAGAAUCAACAUCCUCCUUGUGCGUACUGCUUUCUGAAUCCAUGUUCAACUGACUUGCUUAAAGGAACCUGGGCUGCAAAUUGAACAAAUUUUGGUUAAUGACACUAUUGAAGAAACAAGUGAUAUCUAUGAUACUAUCACUUGAGGAACAAAAACAUAUGAGUUUUUGGUAUGUGCUACAGAUUUGGGAAGGACUAUAUCUUAAACUAAUAAGCUUUUCUUUCCUCUGAUGUAGGCUCUCCCAUAUUUGUUAAAGAAGUUCGAUGAUAGUCAUGGAAAAACAGAUGUCAUCCUGAUCAGUUGCAAGCCCCACCGUUAACAGUAAAAUCUCUUGCCAACAGAACACGUUAUAUUCAGAGCCUAGAAGGCUAGAACUGAUAAAUUUUCUGAGGUAGUGUUUCCUGUUGGAAGAGGAAAAGUUGAAAACAGCCCAAAUGUGAUCAUUAAGAGAUUGAGCUUAUUUGAAACCAGUAACUCAUCAUAGUUUAGUUUUUGGUCCAGUUUCGAUCUGAACUCAAAAUAUUAGAGGCAAUCUACAUGUUGAACUUGUUUUCUCUGAGGAGCCUGUCACGGGGUUCUCGUCCUGGUGGUAGUCAGGAAAAGGUUCAGCUAACUGCUGCAGAAGAAGAAUCACUUCCAUCAGAACUUGCUGAUGCAGAAGAGAGGGAAGCUCACCUAAAAUCUCAGUUGGAUCAUAUUGUUGAGAUUCUUCGGUCAGCUCGUCUAUCUGGCUACAUGUAUAUCAGAACGAGAUGGACAACACUACCAGGAGAUCCUCCACCAAUAGAUGAUUCUGAUGUAAAUGACUGGGUUUCUCGCUUUAUUGUUCUCCAUGGAGAUUGUAUUUUCAUAUAUUUGUCAUGUUCAGAUCUAAGUCCUCAAGACGCCACUCCUCUAUCUGACAUUGUUGAAGUGGGGCUGCUACCGAGUUUUAAAUGGGAGGAUGAUGAGACACAAUACGCCUUUUAUAUUUUAUCUUGUCUAGGAUUUCGAUAUGAGUGUUCAAGCAGUUCCAAGAUACAGGUGGACUCUUGGUUAUCAGCUCUAAGAACUGACUGCAAAUUGGACUCUCAAGUCUGCCGAUCCGCUUCUAGAGCCGUGAGGUCUUUUCUCUCUGCUUCCAAGGGCUCUCGCUUUUACUCCGAAGGAAGCAAUAUAGCUGCUGCUGCUGCUGUUUCAAUCACAAGGAAAGCACCUCCUUUUGCUUCAAACAUUGGGAAGUCUGAAUCCGGAAGUGGACCUAGAGCAUGGCUUUCAGGGGUUCUAGCUCUUCCUGCUGCAGCUUACUUGCUCCAAGAUCAAGAGGCACAUGCUGCUGAGCUGGAGCGCACUUUCAUUGCGAUUAAGCCCGAUGGAGUCCAAAGAGGGCUGAUUUCAGAGAUCAUAUCUCGUUUUGAGCGGAAAGGUUACAAACUCGUGGGAAUUAAAAUAUUGGUUCCUUCAAAGGAUUUUGCACAGAAGCACUAUCAUGACCUGAAGGAAAGACCCUUCUUCAAUGGCCUUUGUGAAUUCCUAAGCUCUGGUCCUGUUGUUGCGAUGGUCUGGGAAGGGCAGGGAGUUAUUUCCUAUGGCCGAAAACUAAUCGGGGCCACCGAUCCACAGAAAUCUGAGCCUGGCACUAUCAGAGGUGAUUUGGCUGUCGUUGUUGGAAGAAAUAUCAUCCACGGAAGCGAUGGACCAGAGACUGCCAAGGACGAAAUUAAGUUGUGGUUUAAGCCAGAGGAGUUGGUAGAUUACACGAGCAAUGCAGAAAAGUGGAUUUAUGGUGUAAACUGAUUCCUUUUUCUCAGCCGCAUGGUUUUUAUCACGGUAGGAUAGAAGCGUGGGUUCCGGAAUAAGCUAUGACUCGUCUUAGAUGAGUGGCUAGUGAUAACAUUGACUCUUGAAUCCAUAAGCGGAAUUGAGAAUAAUAUUGUUACAAAGUAAUAUAUUUCACUGUAUUCUGAAUUCUAUUUAAUCAAAUCAGGUGCUGUCAAUCCAUGAUUCGUUCUUUGUUA